AUGUCCAAACCCUACGAGCACCCCGAACUGACGCCACAGUUCUGCUUCAACCAAACUGCCCUCCGAGACUUCCUCCGCCUCUCGCGCAGCACAAUAGACGACAGCAUAACGCAGAACCUCAACGCGCUGCUCACCCCCUCCCUCUCCCCCUUCGACCCGUCCUCGACCUCCGUGCGCGCAACCCUCCCGCCCGCCUCCCGCCGCCGCAUCCCCGGCCCCGCCUGCACCUCCUUCAAAAACUCCAUCCUCUUCCCCUCCUGGCAAUCCCGCUCCGAUGUCCUCUCCUACUGCGCCGGCGUCGCCACAUCCCCCGACCCCAACGACCCGGAGAGCCUGGUACGGGGUGUGGAGAACGCGCGGGCGAGAGAGAGGAUUGUCGAUGAAAGGCUGGAUCCAUAUAGUGGGCGGUAUUUUCCACGGGAGGCGAGGACGGAGGCGCUGGCCGGGUUGAUCAGGAAUGAGCGGAUGGUGGAGAGUAUUGUGAGGAGCAGGACGUGGGGGUUGAUUGGUGAGAGGUGUGGGGAUACGGGGGAGGGGUUUGAGAGGGCGUUGGAUGAGUGGCGGAGGGGGAGGGAGGGGAGAGAGGGAAGGGAGGGAGCGUUAUAG